AGAAAUUGAACUUCGCCGGAUUACGCUAUGUCAAUUACACGUCGAGUGUUUAUUUCAAUUUAUUUCAAAUUAGAUGCUCAUUUAGCGGUUUAAAUUUGAUCGUGGUGUCCGAAAUGUAGUUUUAAGUAUGAACAUAUUAAAUGGACAAUAUGCAUGACUGGAUGAAGGCGGUACGCACUCCACCACAAUUCCGAGUAGGGAGUGCGGUCCACAUCCGUCCAGCGAAGUUCGUUCGACUUAUGAUGUUGGUAAUUCUGUUCUCUUUGCUCCUAAUAGUCUGCCUGUGGCCAACUGCUUCAGACCGCAAAAGAAGCCAGACAUUCAUAAGAAGAUGUAAAGCAUAUCCGGAUUAUAAUCAUACAUAUCCUCUGACUGCACCAAGAGUGACCCCGGAGGGUACAGAGUUCAGGAUUGGAAUAAUAACAGACCUCGAUACAGAUUCUAGAGUAUCCAAGGACAAAAAUACUUGGAUAAGCUACCUUAGAUAUGGAUCAUUAACUCAUGAUUCUGCACGUAAACGGGUAACAAUACAAUGGGACAAGGCUCCCGUAACUUUGCGGUCAACUUUGAGCCAAGGGGGCCGUGGCAUGGAGUUAUCAGAGCUUAUUGUAUUUAAUGGUAAAUUGUACACAGUAGAUGACAGAACUGGUAUGGUCUAUCACAUCAAUGGAGAAGUAAUUGUGCCAUGGGUAGUGCUAUCUGACGGGGAUGGAUCUGUCAACAAAGGAUUUAAAGCCGAGUGGGCAGCAGUAAAGAAUGAAAUCCUAUAUGUUGGAGGCCUUGGUAAAGAAUGGACUACCACUGAUGGUAUAGUACAGAAUAUCAACCCCAUGUAUGUGAAGAGUAUAGGUCCAUAUGGAGAUGUGCAACACCAUGACUGGCAGUAUUUCUACAAUGCAUUGAGGCAUGAAGCUGGCAUUGAUUUCCCAGGCUAUAUGAUUCACGAGUCUGGUGUUUGGAGUGCAUUACGUAAUCAAUGGGUCUUCCUUCCUCGUCGUGCUAGCAGUAAACAUUACGACGAAGUUGCUGACGAGCGUCGUGGAACAAAUAUGAUCAUAACUGCUGAUGAACAAUUUAAAAAUAUUGAUAUUAAAAGAAUCGGACCUUUGAUCCCAACUCAUGGCUUUUCUUCCUUUAAAUUCAUUCCAUUGACUGAUGAUAGUGUAAUUGUUGCCUUGAAAUCUGAAGAAGACGCUGGCAAGGUAGCCACUUAUAUAACUGCAUUUGACCUCGAUGGGCACAUACUCAUGGAGGAAACUAAAAUAGGUGAUUUUAAAUUUGAAGGCAUUGAGUUUUUAUGAUGUAAAGAUAAUUUAGGUGAGAAUCAAAAGAUACCAAAGUUUAAUGUAACUAAUAUCCCGGUUCUAAAAGAUUUCAAGUAUAUGCAUACAUUCCUAGAUCAGAGACCAAGUCCCAAAACUCAAUUUUAAAAUCAUAUUUCUAAUAUAUUGACCCCAAAUGUUAUUGCAUAUUAAUUGAGACCGUCCCUUUUAAAAACUGAUGCACUCUCACAAAAUGUAAUGGAAUUUUUCCAUUCCCUCAAUGUAAUUGUUGAUUUUUUUAUACAAUUAUUAUUGUCUCUCACAGGAUUUAAAUUCCUCAAAACAUAUAGUCGUAUUGUCUCAAAAUCUAAAAGAUAUGUUGAUAAGUGGCAUACAGGGUGUCCUGCCAUUGCCUCCUCCUAAUAAGCGUCUCAAUAGCAAUUGUUAUCGGGCCAUUUGAUAAUCAGCAGAUUUGUACAGUUUAUAAUGUAGAUUUCCAUAUAAGCACAUACAAUCAAUUGAGUCCAUUUUUAGUUGAUUUACCAUACAGUGAAACCUGGAAUGCCUCUCUAAGUUGGACACCUCCACAAGUUGAACAUUUUUGUAAGUUCCCCUCUCAU